GAAAGGGUAACCGCUCAGCUGUCGUCUGUCAGGUUCGAGUGGGUUUCGUCGAUGCAUCCAAAUUGCAAGACAAAGCGCAGUUUGUCGUGACAGGUCAAGCCGGUGACGUCCAAAAUUGCGAAGAAACGGGCGAGAUCCCAACAGUUUCCAUGUCGUAGACUUAGAAUUCACGCUGCAGCUCGGGAUCUCACGUUGCCAAAGCAUACAGCGCUGCAGAAGCGCUCGUACAAUGCACACCACCGUAGCCUUGUUGAUUAUGAGAUGCCUUACUUGAAUUGCGUUGUCGAAAAUCCGCUCGUUCGUUUGAUUCGUGAGACGACAGUGGGCUUUAGCUCUGCUGAAUUUCAAGUGCACAAUGACCUGAUCACAUCUCUCUCGUUGGUAUUCAUAUGAGUCACAGGUCGCAGUACAAAGUUUCACAAGGUGGUGCUUAUGUUCUGAAACUCAGUUUUCUAUAGAAAGAUUUCCCUCCGUUUAGUGACGAAUGACCCGUUCGGUUCAAGGGAUGAUGAUGAAAAUUGAUAAUAUGCUUAUCGAAAUCCGAUUGUACUUAUCAUUAUGAGCUUCAGAUGUUCUCGAUGUAAGUACCGAAGUCACUUGUUGAAAAUCUUCGACUCUAGCCGAAGUGCUCGGACUUCAAUCUGGACUUUGGAGGCCCAAGGGCAGAGAAGAGCAUGAGGAGUUUGGGAAGGUUUAUAAUGACGCCUUGAGCCGACCUCUCGCCUCCCCCUCCGCCUCGUGGAGUUUGUCCUUGAAAGAUGUCACCACUCUGUCCCUGAUUUCUUCGUCAAAUUCUUUGAGCUGCGAUUCUGUCGGGACAACGACUUUGACAGUUGCUCUGAGCCAAUUUCUAAGGAAGGAUUGAAAGGAUUCCAUGGAGUGGUUGACUGCUGAAUAUUUUAGCAUGGUCUUUGGGGGUCCCUUUCUUCCAACAAAUGGGUCAUGGCCACGACGUUCGAUCUGAACUCCCAAUCGUGUAGUGAUAUAGUCGAUGCGAGUACACCUCCGAUUUGUGCUUGGCAUCGAGUGCUGUGCUGAGCGUUAGCCAAGGCAAACCUUUGUUUAGACUGCAGUCAGCAAAUCCAAACCGUCCGAGACUUUCCAUGGGUGCAGAGUAACGAGCGUUUCUCUCUGCCAUUCACCAUUGAAUAUCCUGGGGCAGAUGGCCAGGCUGCAGUGGCCAUGGCUAUGUCGAUCUGGACACAAGGCACACGCAGUGCAGUUUCUCUUGAUUUCCAAGCUUCUGUCCACUCACGGGAAGGCUGUGAAAGCUCUGAAAAGCGGAAAACUGGCUCGAGAUCACGACGAAUACGGACGGAAACGAGUCGGUCGGUCGGUCACUCACUCACGCACGCAGUGACAAAAUACGGUUCACUAUUGCGCGUCUAUGAAAGAGGGGCCAUGUUGAUCAGAAUGUUACGUGCUCGGCAUAGCAUCCUUUAUUCUCCAAAAGGUGAAAAGUGAAUUUGACCCUCGGACUUUGACUCAGACCACUGAGACCACCCUCCAACUCUUGGACUGGCCCUUGAACGCUUUUGCAAGAUUCCUACAUCUUCAAAACCAUAAUAAUGUGAGCUUAAACUAUACCAGAUUCCUCCAUUAUAUAUGAGAACGAAGAGGCAAAUCUUUAUCAACACACAAGAUCCAGAUAUUAAAUUCGAAAAGGUCCUUCACCUCCGAAGGCUUUUGAUGUUCAGCGUGAGAAUGAGAGAGAAUAAACAAGAAAAUGACAUCUUCGAAAAAUUGCAAUUUUGGCUCGUCUCGUCUAAUCGUCGACCUCGUUUCACGGGACAAGUAUCUUGGAGCCGAGGAAUGGCAACAUUGCUUCAGUGGAACAUCAUUGAGCAAAAGAACAAAAAUCAAGUUGAUAUCAUACGUGGAUCGGUCCCAUUACCUUCUUAAACUUUGACGAACAAUACUUCCACUUGAAGGAAGUCUACUUGCCAAAGUAAACAUCCUAUCUCAUAAAGUUUUAGCAUGAGACAAGAUAACGAAAAUAAUGAAAUGUCAAAUCCUCUUCUUUUCAAGGAUUCUUGCAAAGGUUAGUUGGGACCGAAAGGGGUUUAAAAGUUGGUGAAAAACACCUCUUCAACUUGUCUGCUCACGUUAGCGACACAAGGAGACAACAUACAUUUACGUCUAUGGUUGUGGUUAAUUCAUAUUUUUAUGCCACUUCAAAGUACGUAGUGGGGAUGGAAAUGCCACUUAGAUGGAUUUCAUUCUGUCCUCCAAUAUCUGUCUGAAUAGAUGUUGAUAGACAAGAAUUUAUGUCCAAAAGAGGAACAAAAACACAUCAUUUUUCAUGAAAGACGAGCUUAAAUAUCAAC